CACUUUUUAUUUUGGUGUUGUAAAAUUCUCACGGCAAAUGAACAAAAAGAGAGGAAAAAACUACGAGAGGCAAAGCAAAAAUUUGCUUGAGUUUUCAUCUCAAGAUUAAGAUGUAAAAUCGAGUGGAAAAACACACAAUAGCCACAAUGCAAGCGAUGCGAACUAAAUUUUAAACGCAAGGCAUCUAUAAUACCCCAGACAUGAAUGUAAUGCGCAAGCUGCGCGGCGUUGCCAGCGCAGGAAGCGCCAGUGGCAGCGGCAGUGGCGACGCCCCGGCAGCCAAUGGAUCGCCCAGGCCCGCCGCGGAGUCCAAUGCCCCAGCCUCCGCCAACGGACGAGUUGGGGACGAGACUUUGUUGGAUGCCCGCAUCCAAAUCAGCCUGAGCACUUUGAAGAAGCUCUUCAACGAGUAUACUCAUCCAAAGGAACCCCUGAGCGAACAGGAACGCGACAACAAGCUCUACGACAUGCUGCCCCUUUUCUGCAAGGUUUUCGGCAGCUGCCCGGCCAACGAAAUGAGCGAGAAAUUCUGGGACGUGGUGGCCUUUUGCCAGCAAGUAUCCCGCCUGAUGGUCAGCGAGAUCCGGAAGCGGGCUUCCAAUCAGAGCACCGAGGCUGCGUCCAUCGCCAUCGUCAAGUUUCUGGAGGUGGAAACCACAGAAGAAACCAGCAGUGGAUGGAUGCUUCUCGCCACCCUGAACCUGCUGGCCAAUGGAGAUGUAUCUCUGAUUCAAGUAAUGACUGCCGCUGCAGUGCCCUCAACGCUGGUCAAGUGCUUAUAUCUAUUUUUUGAUCUGCCCAUCGUGGAAGAUGAUGCUCCAGCACCUGAUGGUGGAACCAUAAGCGAUUUCAACGCCCAUGAGCGACGGACUCUGCUCCAAAAGGUCUUUGUACAGCUCCUGGUCAAGCUGUGCUCGUAUCCUUAUCCUGCCGAAGAACUGGCCCGGAUGGACGAUCUGACGUUGCUCUUCUCAGCCAUCACCUCACCCUGCCCGAUCCACAACAUUGUGUGGCGCAAGAAUGCAGCCGAGAUCUUGACCACCAUUUCCCGACACGGAUUGACAGAAUCCGUCGUCAUCUACAUACAUUCCAAGGGCUGCAUGGCACUUUGUGUGGACAAUAUGCAACGUCUGACAUUUGGAAACCCAUUGGAAAUUGUUGAAAUGUUCGUCACGGUAUUUUGCUUCCUCAAAGACUCCAGUCAGGUGUCCCAAAUACUGAUGGACGACUUUCGCGCCUCACAGGGCUACGUCUUUCUUUGUGACUUUCUGCUGAAGUUCGAUACUAACCGCAAUCAGUCACUGGAAAUACAGGCAGCCAUUCGUAACUUGGUUCUGAUGAUAUCAUCGCUGUGCAUGUGCGGAUUCUAUGAGCUUCGUCCGCCAGCAGCCCAGUUUAACACUGCGUUUAAGCUGCAGAACUUCCAACUGCCGCAAUCUACAUCCCGAGAGACAUGCGUUAGGAAUGUAUAUGCAUUCCAGGUGCUGCAGAAUGUUUUUCUUAAGUCAACAACGCCGGCGCUAUGCUGUACCAUCCUGGACGCCAUUUCCCGGGUCUAUCACUCUGAAAAUGCCAACUACUUCAUCCUAGAAUCGGAGCACACUUUGAGUUCUUUCGCGGAGCGCAUUCACCUGAAGAGUCCCCAGAUUCAGGAGAAGUUUUUCGACCUGUUGGAGUUCAUUGUCUUCCAACUGAACUUCGUGCCCUGCAAGGAACUGAUCAGUAUGGCACUUCUGCUGAAGCAUAACCAGUCGACAGCCUGCAGCAUAUUAUGUCUCAAGUCCCUGCUAAAUGUUCUGCGGCACAAUGCCGUCUUCAAGGACGUUUACCGCGAAGUUGGAAUCCUGGAGAUUUUCGCGGGCUGCCUGACGCGCUACGCCACUCACGUACAUGAUAUCACCGAAGGUGACGAAUCGGUGGUAGUGGAGCCAGCAGAAAACCAGGAACCGGAUCUACAGGACACUCUCGGCAAGCUAGUUCUUGAGGCGCUCACAAUGCUCCUAGGCGGCGGAGCCAACAACAAUGCUCAGCUCUUUCGUGAAUACGGCGGAGCCAAGUGCGUUCACGAACUGGUGAAGUUCAAACACUGCCGACCUCAGGCUCUGGGGAUAGUACGAGAGCUGAUCCUGUCGGCUGGCGGCGACGACGACAUGCUCCACAUACUCUCGCUGAUGCACGGGGUGAGCCCCUUGCAAGUGGAAUUCAAGAUUCAGAUACUCAACAUGUUGCUCGGUUGCCUCAAAGACUCGCACCGCACCCGCACUGUUUUCCGCAAGGUUGGCGGCUUCGUGUACCUCACCAGUGUGUUUGUCUCUCUGGACGGCAGCAUGGCCCAUCUGCAACCAGGCAUCCCCCAGCAGGACCUCAUUCUGUUGCUGCAGAUUGUCUGCCAGACUCUCGCCACCGCCAUGCGCUUCGAGCCGGCAAACGCCAAAUUCUUUCAUCAGGAGAUUAGCAGCACUUCGCUCUGCGAUACCCUUCGCCUGCUAGGAUGCUUUGGAGGUUCUUCCUCCCUGCAGGACUUCACAGGAACGUAUGAGCCGCAACAGUCGCUACUUAAGUAUUACCAUGAGAUUUUCAGUGGCGACAUACUGAGUGUCAGUUUCUCGGAUGACAUCCCAUACCCUCUCUCUUACGUGUGCGUCGUCUUUCGGCUACUCUACAGUAUUGCGCUGGAUAACUUCGAGCCCCCAAACUUGAGCGGCAUUAUUACACUCUUCAGUGAUCCGCCGCCGAGCUCGCGUUCUCCAAGCAAAGAACUAGCGGCACCGGUGCAUCCCAGCCAGCUUAAUCUCACGCAACCCAGUCCUGAGCCACGGAUUGUGCAUCCAGGUGUUGUGCUAUGCAUGCUGCAGCUGCUGCCAGCUGUGGAGCUUGACACCGCUCCUCUCCAGGCGAUGCAACUGCAGGUGUACCUUAGUGAGGUCAUAAAGUCGCUGGUGCGGAGCGAGCGCAAUCAGCAAAUCAUGUGCGACCAUGGGCUGGCUGAGAAGCUGCUGAAGUUGACGCGCCGGGCGCUAGCGGAGGAGUCGCACCCGCUGCACGUUCCCAUGCAGUACAUCCUGGAACGCCUGGCGGCCCAGGCUCUGCAGCCCACAGAGCUGCGUCAGUUUUUACGUCUGGGUGAGCCGCUUUCGUGCGCUGACAUCGAUCUGCAACGGCCGUAUAGACUGGGCGGUCCCGUGCCACUGACCCGGAUAAAAACACUUGUCUCAAUGACUACGCCCCGCGAUUUUCGCGCACAUGGCUCGAGCACGCUGCCCCCCUUCGUAGAGCUGGACAUGUCGGCUGAGGGAUUCGGUUGCCUGUACUUGCCCUCGUUGGCACCUCAAGCUACAGCCACGGCCGGUGGUACCAUUGACGCCAACACCAUUGGUGGCAUAGGAGCCGGCGAUCGUAUCUUUCCACCGCAGACUGGGCUCACCUACUCCACCUGGUUCUGCGUUGAGAAGUUCUCCGAUCCCAAGACAGAUCCUCAUUGUGUGCGCCUUCUGACGCUAGUCCGAACUAUUCACAAUCCACGAGAGGACAACCUGGCGUGCCUGUCGAUUCUACUUUCUGCGCGGGACAAGGCAAUCGUGGUGUCAACCCAGGAGACUCUGGUUACUCCAAGGAAAAGCAUUGGCGAUUGGGAGCCAGAAGGAUCUGAUGACGGUAUCGCUCGCAUUUGGUGCCCCGAUCUCUUGCAUGAGGGCCAGUGGCAUAAUCUGGUAGUGGUGCUCAACCGGGCCGUGCUGAAAAACUCCAGCUUGUCGCUGUAUCUCGAUGGAGUCCCAAUGCAUACCCAGAAGUUGCACUACAUCGCCCAGCACCCGGGGGCUAGCAGUGCCAGCUUGACAUCAGCAACUCAAAUCUUUGGUUACAUUGGCACGCCACCCAUUUGGCGGCGCUAUUCUCGACUGUGCUGGAAGCAGGGAGUAUGCCAUCUUCUCGAGGACGUUCUCACGCAGCAAACAGUGCAGACUAUCUACCAACUGGGUCCCCACUACAUGGGCUCUCUGCAAGCGCCCCAGUUGGGCAAGCAGGCGGAACCGUUGGCCCCCCUGGUGCCCGAAGAUCGAGUCCUGCUGGGUCUUAACGCCAAGGCAGUGUCCAAGCUGACCCUGGUCAAGAUCCGAAAGGUGUACAGUCGGGCGGACAACAAGAGCAUUGCCAAGCAGCUGAAUAUGAAUUCUCACGAAAACGCCACUCCGAUUAAAAUUUUGCACAACUCAGCAGGUCAUCUGGCCGGAGCUGGUCGAUCCCUCGGGGGAGUAGUGGUUGGAUAUCUGGGAGUGCGCGUGUUUAGCCCCCAUCCUGUGUCAGCCAUGAUUGACACUGUGGGCGGGUGCAACGUCCUCUUGGGCAUUAUCGCCAUGGCCCAGGAUGUGGAGUCCUUGUAUGCUGGCGUCAAAGCACUAACCUGCGUUGUGCGCAGUAAUCGAGCCGCUCAGGCUGAGAUGGAUCGAAAGCGAUGCUACCAAACUCUAGGAAUGUUCUUCAAAAAGAAGAAACACCUCCUGAACUCGCACAUUUUGCACCUGACAUUCGGGCUGGUGGGCACGGUUAACAGCGGCCAGGACAUGUCCGCAAUUCCGAACGUAACUGCGUUCCAGGAUCUGCUAUGCGACCUAGAAAUCUGGCACAACGCCCCCAAUGGUCUGCUCCGAUCUCUUUUGGAGCAUCUGCUAGAGCUGGCCGUGGAGUCCAGCGAAAAGAAGCAGAACGUAAAGAUUAUGCGGGAUCUGCAAUUGCUGGUCAAGUUGCUGCACAUUAUCACCCAAAUCCAGGAUCAUUCGACGCGCGAAAUCCUCUUCAGCCUGCUAGAAACGCUUCUGGGAGGUCAGCCACGCCACACCGAUCUCUUGCUGUACGGCCAGUAUGUGGCUGCAAAGCUGCCGCGAAUGCAGGAUGGGAAUCUGGAGCGCAGCAUUCCACUGCCCAGUAUUAAGAACCUUAGUGAUGACCAGGAUGGUGGCGUGGCCCAGAAUAUUUACUUGCGGAACCGAUGUCUCUCGCUGCUCCAUGGUCUGCUCUUCACGCCUCGCAACACCGUGAAUUAUGUCAUAUGCGACGACAUAUCGAAGACUCUGGGAAUGGACUGGCUGCUCCUCUUCAUGCAGCCACACGUCCACUUCACCACCGUCAUCAUUGCUGUGCGCAUUCUGGUGGUGGUCUGCGCCAAUGAGAGCUUCCUGGUGCGCUUUAGGGAUGCGACUCACAACGGAGGCUACCUGCGCUUCACAGAGAUGGUGUCCCAGCGCAAGAUGCUAGGCCUGGGUGCCCAGCAGCUCAACCAGCGACCCACCAACGGCACUGGCACUGUGAUAGUGGCCACUCCUCAGAACACCAUUCAACAUCUGCCAACCCAGAUCGCAGGCGAGGUGCGGACUGCGGCAUUGAAUAUACCAGGUUUCCAAUUGCUCGAAUGGUUGAUGCAGCACCAUCUGGACGUCCCUGAGCUGUACUUCCUGAUCACCGCUUUGAUCAUGGGCCAGCCAGUAAAAGUACUGGCCACGGAGCACACCAAGUUUGACCUGGACCGGGUCUGGUCGUUCCUCUGGGGAGCACCAGUCUCGGCCAACACACAGCUACCCAAGCUGAGUGUCUGUCCCGAAGGAGUCUGCGUCCUCCUGGCCAUGGUUAGAGCCAUAGUGCACGGCGGGGAAUGUGCUCCCUGGCUGCAUAGCCACCCGGAAACUAUUAUCCAGCUAUUGUUCAGCUUGUAUCAGAAUCUCACCGAUUUUUCGCCCGUGAUGAUGGCUGGCGAUGUGGUCACCUCGCUGGUAGCCGUGCUCUUCCCUCCGGGAUCUCGUGCGGCGGACUCUGAGCCGAACAGCGGAGCCUCCACGCCCACCGACGGCACAGGCAGCAGCUUUGUCCUGCCACCGCUGGAAGCACUGCAUGGUGCUGCCCCGCAGCCCAAGCUUGCCGCGCACCCGGUUAGCAAGUGCAUCAUUGACUUCUUGCGCGUCAUUGUGGUCGACUCCCUGGGUCUGAACAUGCAGGGGAAAACAACGCCUGUUAUUGAUCUCGUUCUGGACGCAGCACCCGACACGGCGGAGCUUCCGUUGCAAGUCCAGUACCAGACGCAGAUCAUUAUCGCUCUGAUGGAUCAUUUGCUGGCCGCCGACGUGCUCGUGGGUGAACAAGCGGCUCUACCGUUGGUGCCGCUCCUUCAAAGUCAGACCCAACACAUCGCCCCGAAUGUCUUCUAUUUGACGGCACGCGUGGUGGACAAGCUGUGGCAGGGUUGCCUCGCCCGCAACCCGCACGACAUCUUCGACUUUGUCAUAAAGCUGAUCGCCCAAGCCAAGCGCCGAUCCUCGUCCCUGUCGCUGGAGCACCUGCAUCAUUCGCUCAACCGCAGCAUCCUCUUCCUUCUCUCCCGACCCACCGACGACUCACGGGCUGAGCAAGUAAGCGUACUGGAUGCCUUGCACAAGAUCAUCCAGCACCGCCUCCUCAUCUUUGGAGCCGGAAACCACGAGCUGGAGUUUGUCGGCUGCCUGACCUACUGCCUGCUGCAGUUGACGGCCGACAUGAAGAUCGUGCUGGAGCCGGCCACCAGCCGCAACACCACCUGGCACGUGAACCCACAGACAGAGACCACGGAGCCCAAAGACGAGGAUCUCAACCAGCUUCAGGGCCACAACCUGAUCGUUGGCGCGGCCUUCCGAGUGUGGGAGGAGCUGUACGUGUGCAAAAAACCAGCCAUCGAGGAGGUCUUCAAGGUGUCGCUUACGGCCCCGCAGCCCAACUGCAAGGCUCCCGAUCUGCAGACCACUCGCGAGCAGGUGAUGGAGCUGGCAUCGAGGCUGUGGUUCAACUACGUAGAGGCAGAGCGCAAGGCCUCGUACCGGGCACCCAUGGAGCUGCACACCCAGAUUCAAUCCAAGAUCCAGAAGGUCACCGGGGGAUUGUCGCGCCUCACAAGUCGCACUAAGACCAAGAAGGAGGAGUUGGUGCGUACCAAGUCGAAUAUGAGCCGUGAGGCUGCCUACGAGUCCACAGGUAUCCAUGUGCAGCUGGUGAAAGACUUGCUGGAGCUGCGAACCAAGCAGUACCAGCAGAUGCUGCAGCACACCCACCGCUAUGUCUACCAGGACUGGGUACAGUCAGAGACGGAGCUUACGCGGGAGCGAGGCCUCUGGGGCCCCGCCGGCUGUUGCUCGCUGGACAAGUGGAUCCUGGACACCACCGAGGGCCCCCACCGCAUGCGCAAGAAGACGAUGCGCAACGACGUUUUUUAUCUGCAUUAUCCUUACCGCCCCGAGCUGGAGCUGCCGGACAACCGCCAGCUUAAGUACAAAGUGGCCUCCAGUCUGGACAGCAAGACAUACGCCUUACACGGGCAGCAGCAACCACGCAUCUUGGCCGAGGCAGAACAGCACUCCGUACAGCAGCAGAGUUCUUUGGAGGCAGUGCAUCAGCAUCGACUGGAGGCCAGCAGUUCCACGUCCACACCCCCGCCGCCUGUGUCCCCGAAGCUGGGAGGGCAUGGAGCGGCCUCCUACAACCAGGAGUCUGUUGAUGGCAACGCGCCCGAGGACGACGAAGAGGAGGAGGACACCUCCAUGACCAGUGACAAUGAAACGUUUUUGCGCUUGCUGGAAGAGCAGGAGAAGAUUGGUUUCAUGUUCCGCUGCGCACGGGUCCAGGGUCUGGACACCUUUGAAGGCCUGUUGCUGUUCGGAAAGGAGCACUGCUAUAUCGUAGAUGGGUUCACGCUUCUCAAGAACCGUGAGAUUCGCGACAUUGAUACCCUUCCGCCAGGAGCCUACGAGCCGAUUAUUCCCAAUUCCGGGGGCACCUCCUCGACCACCUCGCGAGCCGUGGGCCAUAAGCUACGGCAGUGCUCCAAGUUCGCCUACGAGGAGAUUCGCGAGGUGCACAAGCGCCGCUACCUUCUCCAGCCCAUCGCCUUGGAAGUGUUCUCGGAGGACGGGCGCAACUACCUUUUGAGCUUCCCCCGCAAGGUGCGCAACAAGGUCAACCAGCGUUUCUUGGCACUGGCCACUGCCCUGAACGACAACGCCCAGCAGUCGGUGGCGGGACAGAAACGUACAGCCAGCGUGGAGCAGACGGCGGGCAUCUUCAGCGGACUGAUCGGCGAAACCUCGGUGACGCAACGCUGGGUGCGGGGCGAGAUCUCAAACUUCCAGUAUCUCAUGCACCUGAACACUCUGGCGGGGCGCAGCUACAACGACCUGAUGCAGUAUCCCGUCUUUCCCUGGAUCCUGGCCGACUACGACUCGGAGGAGCUUGACCUGUCCAAUCCCAAGACGUUCCGAGAUUUUUCGCGUCCCAUGGGUGCCCAAGCGGACGAGAGGCUAGAGCAGUUCCAGAAGCGCUUCAAGGAGUGGGAUGAUCCUCACGGGGAGACUCCGCCCUACCACUAUGGCACUCACUACAGUUCCGCCAUGAUCGUUUGCUCAUACCUGGUGCGACUGGAGCCCUUCUCACAGCCGUUCCUCAAGCUUCAGGGCGGACACUUUGAUCUCGCGGACCGUAUGUUCCAUAGCAUUAAAGAGGCCUGGCUCUCGGCCUCCAAGCUCAACAUGGCCGACGUCAAGGAGCUCAUUCCGGAGUUCUUCUACCUGCCUGAGUUCCUGAGCAACUUUAACAACUUCGACCUGGGAACCAAGCAGAACGGAGAGACCCUCAACCAUGUCAUUCUGCCCCCAUGGGCCAAACAGGACCCGCGGGAGUUCAUCCGAUUGCAUAGGAGCGCCCUGGAGUGCGACUACGUUAGUCAACAUUUGCAUCUGUGGAUCGACCUGAUAUUCGGCUGUAAGCAGCAGGGUCCAGCCGCCGUGGAUGCCGUCAAUGUGUUCCACCAUCUCUUCUAUGAGGGGAAUGUGGAUAUUUACAACAUUGAUGAUCCGCUCAAGAAAAAUGCCACCAUUGGCUUUAUCAACAACUUUGGACAGAUACCGAAGCAGCUCUUCAAGAAGGCACAUCCUGCUAAGAAAAUGGGUAGCUCCCGUCACUCGGCGUUGAUCGACCCCACGUCAUUGAUCCAAGGCAACAGCACAGUUCUCCAAACGGACCGGCUCUUUUUCCACAAUUUGGAUAACCUCAAGCCCAGUCUGCAGCCCAUCAAGGAACUAAAGGGUCCAGUCGGCCAGAUACUACAGCCCGAUAAGACGGUGUUCGCCGUGGAGCAAAACAAAGUAAUGAUGCCGCCAUCGUAUACGAAGUACAUUGCCUGGGGAUUCGCUGACCACUCCCUCCGGGUGGGUCUGUACGACACGGAUCGGGCGUCGUUUGUCUCCGAGGCAGCAGCCCAGAACUCUGGGGAAAUCCUGACAUGCGCUUGCCCCAACGCCAAGAUGAUAGUCACGGCCGGAACCAGUUCGGUGGUGACCAUUUGGAAGUUCGACGCCAACCGCAAAAGUCUCAGUGUAAAACACUCCCUACACGGGCACACCGACGCCGUAACCUGUCUAGCGGCCAGUGCCGCUUACAACGUGAUCGUGUCAGGGUCGCGGGAUGGAACUGCUAUUGUCUGGGACAUGUCGCGAUUCACAUUCGUGCGUCAGUUGCGUGGACAUGCCGGAGUAGUCGCUGCCGUGGCCAUCAAUGAACUGACAGGGGAGAUUGCCACCUGCUCGGCCACGUGGUUGCACGUUUGGUCCAUUAACGGCGAUCCCCUCUCCAUGGUCAACACGUGCGUGGGCAGCGCAGACCGUAUGCAGCAGAUUCUCUGCGUGGCCUUCUCCCAGAUCCGGGAAUGGGACCAACAGAACGUGGUCAUAACAGGUUCCACCGACGGAGUAGUAAGGAUGUGGUCGCUGGAACACACGCAGGUGCCCAUUGAUCGCAAGCUAAAGCGUGGAGUGGAGGUUACAUCGCAGGACAAGCCAGACUCUGUUUCAUCGGACGUAAAAGACAAUAAGGGUGACAAUAAAGACGAAAGCAUUGACAUCUUCAAACCCAUAACGAGCUUCCCACAGCCUGAGGAAGAAAAUGAUAUUGUAAAGUCUGCGUCGGAGAGCAGCAUCUCGGAGGCUUCUCAGCAUAGUCAGGUGUCGACGAAGUCGGAACAAAAUGCCAAGGAGGCCGCUCAAGCAGAGCGAAGAAAGAGCUCCAUUUCAGGAGCCAAGAGUUUGCACGAAAUGAAAUCCGCCACGGUAGAAGCACCAGGCAGUAGCUCUGAUCCAAAACACACAGAGGAUGAACAUGCUAUACGACCGAGUAAAUCGGAUACUAGUUUGACGGAUGGUUUCGUAGUUAUAGACAAUGAUAGGCCGAGAGGCGAUCAGGUUUUACGAAAAGGAUUCCGAUGGCAACGUCAAUUAAUGUUCCGCUCAAAAUUAACCAUGCACACGGCAUACGAUCGUAAGGAUAAUGCCGAACCAGCAAGCAUUACAGCGUUGACAGUAUCCAAAGAUCACAAAAUCCUAUAUGUUGGUGAUGCGCGAGGCCGCAUUUUCUCGUGGAGCGUUGCAGAGCAACCGGGUCGAGGAGUGGCGGAUCAUUGGCUAAAGGAUGAAGGAGCUGACCAAUGCGUUAAAUGUCAUGUGAAAUUUACGCUCUACGAAAGGAAGCAUCAUUGCCGCAACUGUGGACAGGUCUUCUGCAAUAAGUGCAGUAGAUUCGAGUCUGAAAUCUCUCGGUUACGCAUCCUGAAGCCGGUUAGAGUGUGUCAGGCUUGUUAUAGCCAACUGCGAUCGAGUUCAUUUGACAAUUAGGGUAGACAUAUUCAAUGUGUGGAAGUAGAUCGCUAAUUUAUAUGCGUUUAUGAUUGUUUUAAAAAGACAUUGAGGACAUUUAUACGUUUAACUUACUUUUUUAAUUGCAUGUUUAGUUAGAAAUAGUUUUUUUUAUAUUUUUUAACCAAAUCAAGUUAACCUAACUUCAACACAAGGCUGUUAUAUGAUUUUAUACUUUAUCUUAUACAUAUAUACUUUAAAUCGAAUUUUGUAUAUACCCACAACACGUUGCAAUAUAAUUUAUAUUUCUAGAUAAUAAUAAUUUAUUACACCCUGAAUUUACAAUUUGAUCCACAAUAAAUGUUGCAUAUUAACCAAA